UUUGAUCACAAUCAUUCACUUAUAAUUAAAAACUAUUAAACGAAUCAAGAUCAAUGGCCGAAGAUCAAACAGCUACGACAAUGAAAACAUCGGCGGUGGAGAAGCAGCCAGAGGCUGAAGGUGCACCGAGUGUGGCUAGAACGAAGAGGAUGAUGGUUGCCAUCGAUGAGAGCGACUCGAGCUUCUACGCUCUCCAAUGGGUCAUUGACCAUUUCUCUAACCUCUUAAUGACAACUGGCACUGAGGCGGCUGAGUCGGAGGGUGGAAUGCUCACGGUGGUUCAUGUGCAGUCCCCUUUCCAUCACUUUGCUGCCUUUCCGGCUGGACCGGGCGGCGCCACAGAAAUUGUGGAUAACCUGGUUUUGUGAACGCACGUAGCAGCAGUGUACGCAUCUUCGACUAUGAUUGAGUCAGUCAAAAAA